UUGGCCUCUUUCUCUUCGUUUUCCCCUGUUCUGUCUCUUUGCUUUCUUCUUGUCCAUCAAAACUUUGUCCUCCUUGUUCGAAAAAUCUCCAUCAUUGAUGCUCUUGUUCUUCUUUUUCUUCUUCUUCUCUAGAAGAGGUCAAGAAAUAAGAAAUUAUAGAGAAAGAUCCGAUUAAAUAGGAUUUGUGUUCUUGAUUUUGGUGUUGCAAUAAAAAAUGGCGUCAUGAUGACAUCUGAUGUAGAAACGUCUCAGGCUUUUAAUUACGUAUUAAGCCCCCACGAGAGAUGCAUCCGAGGAGACAACAACAACAACAAUAAGAAGACCAAGAACAACAACAGCAACAACAACAACAAUGUCCGAAACAUACACGUCGCCUUCGAGAAGAAUCUCAAUGUUUUUGUCAGAGAUCAUCUCGAUAACGUUACCGUUGCCUCCGGUGAGAAUGUUGAUGAAUCCACCAAAGCUGUUCCUGAAUGUUCUUCCAGCAAAUCCUCUGUUUUGAAAACAGAGGAACCUCGGUUAUCAUCGUCCUCUAUAGGAUCCGACCCGGAUCCGAAUUUACCUCAUCCGAGUCAACAAGAUAAGAACGCGUCAAGGAAAGAAACCAUGCCGGCUUCUUCUCUGGUUCAGAUAUGGGAGGCAAGGACAACGAGCUCGAACCAAAACCAAACACAAACCGAUAGCAGAACGAGUUCCUCAGGAUCAAACGUGUUAGAGAACUCAGAGUCUCUUAUUGAGGAACCAGUCAAAGAAUAUGAAACCAUACAGCCAAUUCAAGAAGGAAAAAAGGAAGAACAUAAAGAGGAAGAGAUUGAAUCUGACUCACAAUCUGUUUCUGGUGAGAAAGAAAGAGAAGGCGUAAGAGUUAUGGAUAUAAUCAGGAAGCUGAGCAGCGACACAGAAACAACAACGGGUAAUAACGAUAAUGGAAGCAGCAGUAACGAGAACGGCAAAGAAGUUCAGACAACAACAACAGAAACAAGAACUUUUCCUCAGGUUUCUUGUUCCCCAAGAAUAAGAGGGAGACAAGCAUUUGCUGAUUUAUUGAUUCAGAUGAUGCGUGAUCGUGAAAAGGAGCUGGCUAGUUUAUUAGAUCGUCAUUGUGUUUCAAAGUUCACGCACCGGGGAAGGAUUCAGUCAACGCUUAGGAUUCGAUGUUACGAAAGGUGUAUUGCGAUUCAAGAUAAGUAUCGGUCUAAGUCAUGGGCAGCAGGAUCUGAUUUAAACCGGGCAGGAGGAUCUGAUUUAAACCGGUCACCGCGAGGGUCUGGUGUGAUGCAUCUUCUCAAGGAGAAAAAUAAGACAAACUCUGAGAACAUUUCUAGUUCUAUCUCUUCUCGGUCUCGGGUUAUGGAUAAAGAUCCGCAGAAGUCUGUGGAGAAGAAAGUUUUUGAGGAAACAAUGGAGAAGAUUGAUGUAAAGGAGGUUCAAGAAGUGGUUUCUGCGAAGAAAGCUGUCUUGAGUGAACUCGUAGAAAACAAGAACGGUUUAAAGAAAUCUAUAGGAGAAACUAUUAAGAAGGAAGUUGCAGAAAGGAGAGGCGAAAAGCGUGAAACAGUGGCUCAAGAAGUGGUUUCUGCGGUGGAAACUCCAAAGAAAGCCGUCUUGAGUGAAAUUGUAGAAAACAAGAACGGUUUAAAGAAAGCCACAGGAGAAACCAUUAAGAAGGAAGUUGAAGAAAGGAGAGGCGAAAAGCGAGAAACAAUGGAGAAACCUGUUUCUAGAGAAGGUCUUGAAGGGAGAGGCGAUAAGGAGACGGCAAAGAAAGCUGUUUUGAGUGAAAGUGCAGAGGGUAAGAGUGGUUUAAAGAAACCUAUAGGGGAAACCCUUCAGAAAGAAACUACAGAAGGGAGAGGGGAUAAAGGAGAAACAAGGGAGAAAGCUAGUGCUAAGGAAAAUGUGCAAGGGAAUGCUUUGGUUGGAAUAGCUGAGAAAGUGAACCGGUGGAACUCAGAGGAGAAAAUGAAUAAGAGUAGAUGGACAGAGAAAGGGAAAGCUAAUACUGAGAGAGUUGAUAAGAAAGAUGUAUUAGAAGAAGCUACAAGAAGAACCAAUAAUGUCCAAAGUGGGGGAAAAAGCAAUACUACUUGUGAGUUUCCUGAGAAAGAAGUAAGAAGAAAGGAAAAGGAUGACUGUGUUUCUGUAGAAACUAAGUCCAUAGAGAUCAGGGAUCCUCAACAAGCUACUGCACAAGAAGAGGAAAAGGUUGUGCAAGAGACAACAACCAAAAGUGAUUUGAGUGAAACCAAAAACAAUAAAAAUGGUUUAAAGAAACAUACUGAAAGAAGUGGAGAAGUGGAGGAAAGUUUAGAAGGAAACACAUUUAUGGGAAUAGCUGAGAAGGUGAAAAUGUGGAACUCAAAGUACAAAAAGAGUAGGAGAAGAUAUUCUAUGGACAGAGGUAAAGGCAAAACAGGCAAACCUAAUACCGAGAGAAAUGAAGUGUUGCAAGAAGCUUCAAGAAGAAUCAUUAAUGUCAAAACUGAGGAGAGAAGUAUUACUACUUCAAAGGAGAAAGUUGUUGGUACACAAGAAAUGAAGGAUAAAAGAGAGACUAGUAGAGAAAUAAAGCAGUGUGAACCUGACGAGAAAGAAAGAAGAAUGGAAGAGGAAGAGCUUUGUUCUGAUAAAGCCAAGUCCAAAGAUAUCACUGAGGUGAAAAUCAUGAGUUCUCAAGAAGUUAUUAUACCAGCAAAAGAAUCUGCAUGUCAUGGUUCUCCAGAGAGAGGUAAAGAGCUAAGUUCUUCACCACAGGAUGAAGAAACCAAAAAGGAAGAAUGUGAAGAAAAAAGAGAAGACGUGAAAGAAGUAGCAAUAGAGUUUGCAAAUGAUUGGGAUGAAAAAGAAGAUGAUGAUGAUGAUGAUGACUAUGAAGAUUAUGGAGAUUUUGAUGAUUACAUUGGAGAAAUUUCAACUGAUUGGAUCUAUGAUGUGUCGAGGCCUCGAAGUUACUGGGAAGAGUUAAGGAAAGAAAGGUACCUUGAGGUUCUCAACACUGAAUCGGAUAAAAAGGACAUAUGUAACCUUAUUCAGAGCCGAACAGUUUCCAACUUCUUGACGAGUGACUUGCGACAAAAAAUCGAUAAUUUGAUGACAAGUCUGGUGCAAAAUCACUUAGGCGUACCAAUCAAUCAAGAAGAAGACGAAGAAGAAAAAGAAGAGUGGGUUGAAGAGUGCUCAGCAAGGAACCAAGAAGAUAUUGAAACAGAGGAAGAACCAGAGAAGACAAAUCUUGAAGCUGAAAGCGACACAAUUCUUGAAGCUGAUCAUGACGCUUGCAGCCAAUCAUCAGAAAGGAGUAGCACGUUGAUGAUUUCGUGGAGUUUCAGGGAUCAAGAUAUUGACAAGGAUAACGAACCCACAGCGUCUUUAUCUCUCCCUGAGCCUUCUUCUGCCACAAGUCAAAAUACACAGGAAAUGCAGAUGAUAAGUGAUCUCAGGGAACAAAUGGAGCAGCUUCAACGAGAAAUGCUAGAAUUGCGAAACACCGUUAAAUCUUGCACUGAUAUGCAACUUCAUUUCCAGAAAUCUUCAACUCAAGAUUCUUGUCGCUCUGGCUCCUCUGCGGAACAACGAGUAGAAACUAAGAAUCCGUUAAAACGCAAGUGUUGCGUUUGCUCUGAGAUGCCUGUUGACUCACUUCUGUAUAGGUGUGGACAUAUGUGCACGUGUCUAAAAUGUGCUCAUGAGUUGCAAUGGAGCAGUAAGAAAUGUCCGAUUUGCAUGGCUCCAAUCGUCGAUGUUGUGAGAGCUUUUCUUGAUGCUUAGGAUUUA